AUGAGGAAGAACCGCGAAUGUACGGCAGCAGUGUGUCGCAAUGGAGUCACACUGGGGGGUGUGGUAGACGCAUUUCUACCAGACGCUGUUGCCAAAAUUCCGUUUCGAAAAGUGGAUGAGUUGGCAAAAGCGAUAAAUUUGUGCGAUUCCAACGAAAAAUUGGAGAUAAAAGAAACAAUUUUGCGGAAGGACCCGUACAACAUCCCCGUUGAAGCAGAAAAGAAAGGAUGGCGGGAAGCCGUUACACCGUUGAUAAAGAGCUGUCCUCAUCGGCAGCAGGCAAUGAAAGAAUCAUUUGGAAUGCCUAUGUAUUCUGGGUACCGAGGUAUAUUCGCGCAGCGUGAUCCAUUUAUUGAAGCAACCGAGGAAGUUCGAGCAGAAGCGAACCGAUCCAGAGGCGCGACAAAAACAAGAGUGGCAAUAUCUGGAGGAGCAUGA